AUGCUUCUUUGUUUUUGUUGCAACAAAUUUUAUAACUUAUAAGAAAGGAAGCCUGUGCAGCUUCCUUGUGGAGAUAUCUUUUGCCUCCAAUGCUAUAAAAAUUAGAAAGACCAAGUUUAAAAUUAAUAAAUUCAGUGUCCAUUUGAUGCACAACAUCUAUGCGGAGUAGAUUAAUAGACAAUCUAGCCAAGAUAUUUGAUGAAUGCACUUUAAAAGUAUGACUUCUUCUGUAUCAAAUGUGAUGAUCAUCAACAAGAAAAUUCAACAAUCUAUUGCAAGCAGUAGCAAUAAAUGGUUUGCGGAAAAUGUGUUCUCACUGAUCCACAUGAGCAUUUUGUGAAAGAUAGCAGUCAGCAUUUUACUUUUGAAAGAAUAUACAUUGAAGAAUCCUUUGAGAAGACACUCCCAAUCCUUAAAGAAGAGAUGACUCAAAUUUAAUCAUUAAUAGAAAAGACUUAAUAGUUUCUAAAUAAAGAGAGAAAUUUCAAGGUUUAAGAAAUCAAGUAGAGCUACAAACAAAUUAUUGCUAAUCAUGAAAAUAUUGAUUAGAUCAAUUAAAUAUAAAUUCAAAAUUCUCUAAAAUUUAACGAAUUUAAUGCAGGAUUAGGAUAAAUUUAGCUUUAAAAUGUACCAGAAAUCAAGGUUUAAAAUGAGAUUGGCUAAAAUAAAUUCUAGUAAGUAAAAAAAUUAAACAAACUAAUUAACCAAUAAGUUGAGGAAUUAAAACACAAUGAAUAGAGUUAAGAAAAUAUUAAAAAUUAAAGUUUGAAUGAAAAAGUUAUCAAAGAAGAGUAAAAAAAUAUGAUCAAAUAAUAGAACCAACCUUUACAAGCAGAGAAAUAAAAUAAGCAAAGAAAAUUUGAUCAAAAUUAGCAAAACCACAUUGUUUUUAAAAUACCCGAAAAAAUAUUCAAAUAUGAGGAAUUCACAACUCUAGUAGAGGAACAAUUGUACCAUUUAACUAAAAAAACUAAUUUCCCAGUUUUUAAUAAUGAAAUUAUGAAUAGUAAAUAAUAUGUUAAAUUGCUAUACAAAGCAUCUCGAGAUGGAUACAAAGCUGCAAACUUUCACACUUUCUGUGAUAAUAAAGGACCUACAAUGACAUUUAUCCUUAAUGAGCAUGGGUAAGUAUUUGGAGGUUACACCUCAGUUUCAUGGUAAUCCACAAGUUAAUGGUGUAAUUAUACAGACAAAGAUGCUUUUCUUUUUCAACUUAAUAAGAAUACUAUCCACUUUUAGUAUCAAUAAUAUGAGCAUGCAGUAGUUCAUUACAAAGAUAGAUUGAUGGUAUUUGGUGAGGGUAGAGAUAUUUGUAUCUACGAUGAUUGCAAUAUCAACUGUGAUAGUUAUUGUGAUCUUGGAGGCACCUAUUCACCUCCGUAAGGAAUAAUUAAAAAUUAAUAGUAGGCCUAGACCUAUCUUGCUCACACACAUAAAUUCAGAGUAAUUGAAAUUGAAGUGUAUUCGAUUAUACUUUGA